UGAAGAUGUUUUAAAAAAUAUGAUUUGUUUUCCGCCUGCAGAGGAGGGAGGACACACAUAUAUGAGAUUUAGACUGAAGGGUUUUCAUGAUGAGCCGUCUACAGAGCUGUGAAGAAGGUGAAUCUGCAGCCUCUCAACAUGAGAACCCAACCAGAACCUCCAAGCUGCCAUCAGAGAAAGUGGUCCUGUUGGUUCUGGGAUCUCUGCUGGCUGUUUCUCUGGUCAUCAUCUGCAGACUCUCGUUUGUCAUGUUAGAGACCAACGAACAUCUCAACUCUCUGAAAGACAAGAAUGAAGCUCUGAGGAGAAAUAUCUCAGGUGAGAUCCAUUUGAAGAAAACACCAGACUGGGAGAACUAUCAAGAACGUCUUUAUUUUUUCUCCACCAAUAAGUCCUCCUGGAAUGAAAGCAGACGUUCCUGCAAAGAUCUGGGAGGAGACCUGGUGAAGAUAGACAGCAGAGAGGAGCAGGUGUUCCUGGAGAUCAGAGUGAGAGGUUUGAUGGAGGAAGCAGAGGACAAGUUCUGGAUCGGACUGACAGACGCUGAGGAAGAAGGAAGAUGGUUCUGGGUGGACGGAUCACCACUGAAUGAAAGUUUGAGUUUUUGGAGCGACGGAGAGCCCAACAACUACGCAGAGAGAACUCCAGCUGGAGAGGAUUGUGUGCCGAAGUGUAAGUUCUUCAAGAAGUGA